AUGAGAAAAAAUAUGAACACUCGUAUUAGUGGAACAAAUGUCAUUUUGGUACCUUAUGAAGAAAAGCAUGUUAUAAAGUAUCAUGAAUUGAUGAAAAAUCCUAUUCUGCAGUACUUAACAAGCUCCGAGCCGUUGAUGCUGGAGGAGGAAUUCCAGAUGCAGAAACAGUGGCUGGAAGAUGAGGAUAAAUGCACAUUUAUCAUAUUAGACAAACAUGUCUACGUGGCGACCAAAAAUGAUGUAGAUGCCAUGGUGGGAGAUACAAAUUUAUUUCUCAAUGACUCACAGGAACUGUGCAGUGCUGAAAUAGAAAUUAUGAUAGCUGAAGAGGCUAAUCGAGGCAAAAAGAGAGGCUGGGAAUCUGUUAUAUUAAUGUUACUUUAUGGCGCUGAAACACUAAACAUUAACAAAUUCUGUGCCAAAAUCAAAUUAGACAAUGCAGUAAGCAUAAGAAUGUUUGAGAAACUUGGUUUUCAAGAGAGAAGACCCUUGUUGUUUAAUUCAAUGGUGUACGGUUUCUUCUAUACGAGUGCAGAGUUCAUCCGACAGAGCUUCACGAAGAUGUCGAAGCCGAUACAGCCGAUUACCAUGGACCCUGAAAUUUCUUCUAACAUCAAAGGACCGAUAUUAAUCCAAAUACAAAAACUUUGCGAGAUGUUAGAUCUCGUAGAUAAAAAUGCUAAUUCUGCGACUUACAAUUGGCCGCAAUUGAAAAGAUAUGCGAUCUUUGGUUGCUUUUUGGCUGGACCAAUACUACAUGGAUGGUAUAAAUGGCUCGAUACGUUUUACAGUGGAAAAUCCACCAAGGUCGUAUUAAAGAAACUUUUUGUAGACCAAUUUAUCUUAACACCGCCGUUAAUUAUCUUAUUCUUUAUCAGUAUGAGUUUAAUGGAAGCUAAGUCAGAUCUCCUUCAAGAAUGCAAAAUUAAAUUUGUGCACACUUUUCAGACUUCGUGUGGAUUUUGGUUGCCGGUGCAAUUUGUGAACUUUUUAUUAAUUCCGCCAUCUUUUCGAGUGACAUAUGUCAGUAUUGCUGCUUUCUGCUGGGUUAAUAUUUUAUGUUAUUUGAAAAAUUUACCUGUUUCUGAACACGAGCAGAAAGUAAAAUACUGAAACCUUUCACAAAAAUACAUAUCCAUGCAUGUACCUGAAUGAUCAAUUA